CAACAACUUCACCCGCACUUGUCGCGAAUUGUCGCAACCUCCCAAGACACGAGCUCGGUAUUCGCGACUAUCACUAUAUCAUCAUGGAUCCGCAAACAGACCUUCCCGACCUCGUUGAGGACCUGGAAGUCAACAUCGACGAGCUCACUACAGCACUCGAGCCUCUACUAGCAACGCCGCUGCACACGACCGCGUCAUCCCUCCCGCUUCUGGACAAGGCAGAGUUCUACUGCAUGUCUGCAUAUGCCGUCGAGGCGAUCCUCUUUUCCGUGCUCAAGGCCUCGGGUGUCAAUGCGAUGGAGCACGAUGUUUUCAAAGAGAUUGCGCGCUUAAAGCAGUACAACAGCAAGAUCAAGGACAUCAAGGACAGAGGCAUAAUGGGUAGUGCUGAAGGCAGGGCGCGACUGGAUGUAGGCGCAGCCCAGAGAUUCAUCAAGCAUGGACUGGCUGGCAACGACAAGUACGAUCUCGAGAGGCAGGAGCGCAUAGCAAAGGAAAAGGCGCGAGCGCACCUGAAGGCCCAGAAGAUCAACAAGAAAUUCGACGAUGAGGGCAAAGAGAUGGAAUCCAAGGACGCGACACCAAAGAAAAGGGCUGUCGACGAAGUCGACGACCAGCAAGAGUACUCAGAUGAUGAGGUGAUGGAAGGUCUAGAGGAAACAGAGCCGGCGACCAAGAAAGCCCGCGUUACUUCAGCAGAUGGCACGGAAAUCGACUCGGAAGCCACAUCGUCCAGCCAGACAACGUCAAAGAAGCAGAAGAAGGAGACAAAAGCCAAGAAGUCAAAGACGAAGAAGGAAGCCAAGAAGGCAGAGAAGAAGGCAACACAGAGCGCAGAGAGCACCGAAGCCGACGCUGACAACAAGGAGGACGACAGCAAAUCUCAAGCAGAACCCUCGCCCGAAAUCGACACACCACAACCCAAGAAGCGCGGCCGUCCCCCCAAGAAAGACAAAAAGGUACCAACAAAAGCUAAACAAGACUCGGACACGAUCGAUGUCGUCGCGACACCGACCCAAGACACAGACGUUGAAGCAACGCCCUCAAGAGCCGAGGAGCGCGUCACAAGAAGGAGGAAUACGAGGCUUUCGACGCAGAACUUGCAGGACGAGGAGUCUGUGGUUCCGACGCCGGAUGAUGCUCCGAAGACGCGUAGCGAGACUUUUACUGCACUGCUUGAUGGGUCGUUGAGUGAGAAGCAGAGGAAGGGGAAGACUGGUGGUAGAGGGG